AUGUUAAUACAGGGACUUGGUUUCUCGCGGACGAAUACAGCAUUGACAGGUGACAGAACCUCUGCCAAGAUGUCAACAGUUAUAGACCCUGCAUUCCUGAAUAUCACCAAGAAUAAGCCUGGCUUUUAUAUAUGGCGAAUUGAGGAUUUGAAGGUGGUAGCAGUGCCAAAGAAACAGUAUGGCAAUUUCUACAAAGGUGAUUCCUACAUCAUUUUAUCUAUUAAGGAGGGGAAAGGUGCUCUGGAUAUGCGAAUCCAUUUCUGGCUUGGCAGUGAAACUACAACGGAUGAGUCUGCAGCUGCUGCUAUAAAAGCUGUUGAACUGGAUGAUUACUUGGGUGGUGCUCCUGUCCAGCACAGAGAAGUGGAACACAAGGAAACAGAAGCCUUUCAAAGCUACUUCAAGAGUACAGGCAUUAACUACAUGAAAGGAGGGGUUAAAUCAGGAUUCAACCAUGUGGAACAUACCUUUACUGUGCGACUAAUGCAAGUCAAAGGCACCCAUAACAUACGGAUAACUGAGCUUUCCGAGGUUGCCUGGUCAGCGAUGAACAAAGGUGAUGUUUUUAUCCUGGAUGUCCCCAAAAACAAGUUGAUGUUUGUUUGGAAUGGAGAAAAAUCCAGUCGUCGUGAGAGGAUUAAGGGAUUAAAUUAUGCUACUCAGCUGAAGAAUGGCCGCACUAAAAAGAGCAACAUAGUGGUGAUAGAUGAUGGUCAGGAGAAGAAGGAGGAGGAGACAUUCCCUAAUGAAAUGAAGGUGUUCAAAGAACAUCUGCCAGAUAACAAAAGAUCCGACUUAAAAUCGGCUGUGGAAGGAGGUGAGGAUUCUAAAGCUGAUGAGAGCACCCCAGACAAGACUAGCAAACUCUAUGUAGUGAAAGAGGAAGAUGAUACUUUAACAGUGUCUGAGGUGAAAACAGGUCCGUUGAAACACGAGGACCUUGAUCCUAAUGACGCCUUCAUCAUCUCAAGUAACCAGAGAAUCUGGUUCUGGAAGGGCAAAGGAGCAUCUCAGAAGGAGAGGAAAGGCAUGAAUCUGGCCGUGGGAUUUCUGAAUAAAAAGGGGCUUAACCUCAACACACAAGUGACAACAACAUCUCAAGGUGCUGAGCCUGUCGAAUUCCAGUGGCUGUUCAAUAACUGGCCUCAGCCAAAGUCAUCUGGGAAAAGUUACAACCGCAAUAGAAUAGCUAAGACAGUACAGACCAAGUUUGAUGCCUCCACUCUCCACUCAAACCCUCAGCUGGCUGCAGAAACGCAGAUGGUCGACGAUGGAUCUGGUCGUGUUGAGAUUUGGCAUGUGCAGAAUGAGAAUCUGGAACCCCAAGGGAAGAAGCAUUGGGCCGAGUUUUAUGGUGGGGACUGUUAUGUGAUACAAUACACAUAUCAAUCUGGGGGAGAAAAGAACAUCAUCUACUUCUGGCAGGGUACCCAUUCCACCAACAUAGAGAGAGGAACCUCAGCCCUUAAAGCUGUUGAACUGUGACAUGCUGGGAUGAAGGACUACCAAAUACGAGUUGUGCAGGGGAAGGAGCCACCACAUUUCAUGGCAAUGUUUGAUGGAAAAAUGAUUGUCUACUCAGUAAGUUUACAUUUCGGAAGUCAGGACAAGAAUGAAGAGAGAAAUCAUGAGGAUGGACCAAGUGACAAAUGCAUGUUACAUCUGCGUGGUCUGUCACAGCUGUCUUUUAAAGCAGUACAGGUGCCACUUCGUGCUGCCUCUCUCAACUCCAAUGAUGUGUUUGUGAUUGUCACCAAGACCUCUCUUCACCUUUGGAUGGGAAAGGGCUGUACUGGAGAUGAAAGAGAAAUGGCCAAGAAGAUGUGUGCACGAUAUUCUCGGCAGCCAAAUAUGGUUUUUGAAGGCCAAGAGAAGGAAGACUUUUGGAAAGUACUAGGUGGAAAGGAGGAAUAUGCUAGUGGCAAACGUUUACAGGAAUGUGAGUCUGUCCCAUCACCGAGGCUGUUCCAGUUGUCAAAUGCAUCAGGAAAUCUUACAGUUGAGGAGAUCACUAAUUUCAUACAGGACGACCUGGUGGAGGAGGAUGUGAUGCUGCUGGAUGCCUGGGAUUGUCUUUAUCUGUGGAUCGGGAAGGGUGCUAACAAGGCGGAGCGAACUGGCUCCCUCGAGCUGGCAAUGAACUACUUGGCCUCUGACCCCGCUGGCAGAGGUGACGGAACACCAAUUAUACAGAUCAAACAGGAGUAUGAACCUCCAACGUUUACCGGUUUCUUUGGUGUCUGGGACAGAAAGCUUUGGAGUAGUGGAAAGAGUUAUAAAGAAAUGGUUGAGGAGGCCAGAAAUCAGAAUGAAGUUUUACCUCAGGAACUGGAGACAACAAGCAACGGUAUGGACUUCAACACUGUGGCAAAAUAUCCACUGGAAAAACUCCAGGUAGUAACAGAUGACCUCCCCGAAGGAGUGGAUCCUACCUGUCGAGAGCUACAUCUGACGACAGAGGAUUUCGACCGUCUAUUUAAAAUGCCCUAUGUAAAGUUCCAGGAGCUUCCUGAAUGGAAACGGAAACAGGAGAAGCAGAAAUUAAAACUCUUUUAA